ACAACACAGGAGGUUGUGAAAUAAAAUUGAACGUUUGUUUCUGAUAUUGAAGUGUUGUACAAUAUAUUGUAUGAUAUCAAAAAAAUUAGAUAUUUAUUGUGCAACGCUCAUAAUAUUGCAUGGUCUACGGGCGACGUUGUGCAAUUGGUGUCAAUGAAUGUUAAAGUUUAUGUUUACAUUUGCAUCGUCUAGAGUGUAAAGUGAGUGUUCUCAUAAAAAACUUCACGGACUUUUUUUCGAGGACGUGUGAGUCGCGAUGGCCGUCAAAAACGCCGACAGGCAAUUUAUUCUCGAGUUUAUCGAGGUUUACCGUUCACUCCCGGCAUUAUGGGACAUCAAGUGCAAGGAUUACACAAACCGUCUAAAGAAAAUUGAACAGUAUGACGUGCUGAUAGAGAAAUACAGAGAAAAUGCUCCCGAUGCCGACAAACAAGAUGUUAUAAAAAAAAUUAAUUCUUUGCGGACCAACUUCCGGAAAGAGCUGAAGAGGAUUCGAGACGCAGAAAAAAGUGGUGCAGGUGCAGAGGAAGUUGAACCCACGCUGUGGUAUUUCGAACAAAUGAGAUUUCUUCAGAACCAGGAAACACCAACCGCUUCAAUCAGUUCGAUGAACCCGGUUCUAGAUUCUGGACACACUUAUUGUGAAGAUGCAGGGAUCGAGGUCAUUGACAAUAUAAAUUAUGGAGGAGCUUCUACAGAGAUCAAUACUCAACUUGGACCACUCAAGAAGAGAAAGAAAACAGGAAAUAUAACAGAUGAGCUGAUGGAACUGGCUUGCAAACGCCUCCAAAAAUCACCUGACGAUCACGAUACAAUAGCUGCAGCUUGGGGAGUAGAACUUAAAAAAAUGGAGCCCAUUCAGCAGAUGUUAGCGAAGAAGUUCAUCAAUGAAAUAUUAUUCGAGGGACAAAUGGGAACAUUACACCGUGACUCGGUGGUUAUCAAUAACCCCCCACGAUCGUUCACUCCAGUCAAUGUUGAAUAUAUCUCAUCACCCAGCCACCAAUACCUAGAAGUUGAUGAGCAGAACACGAAACCCCAUUUUGUUACUUUUCAAUAAAUAUAAAAAUUAUAAGAAGUCGUAUAUGUCAUAUAAGUUUUCAUAAAAUUCUUUAUUAUUAUUAUUUUUUUCAAUAAUGCAUUGUUACAUAAUAAUUGUUACAUAGAUAUGUAUAUGAAAAGGAGCUUACCUUUAUGUAUUCCUUGAGGCUGUUAAUCAGAGCCGCGCAGGUUUCUAUAACAAUGUGGCCAAUUGAUUGCGGUGAAACGGCAGCAGAAAACUUAAGAUCUUCGAAUGUAUUUCCUGUUGCGAGGUACCGUAAAGUUAUCGAUAAACGUUGACUUACAGGAAUAGCAUCUCGCAUAAUAGUAUCCUUUCUCUCAAUCUGAGGAGCAACCAAAGCCAGGAGUUCAUCAAACAUUCCAGCAUCCAUUCGGAUAAAGUUUCGAAAGUCAUUCGGCUCAGUCAUUCUGAGCUCAUUAAAUAACACUUCAUAAGUGUACUUCUCUCUGUUCAGCAACCACUGUUUGGCCCAUUUCCGAUGUUUUCGUUGCUUCUUUUUUUUUAAACUAUUGCUCACUGCGAUCAAAACACAGCUAAUAUCGGUAUCACUCAACAUAUUUCUAAUUUAACAUAAGACCUGUGUAUAGAAGGGACAAUUCCGAA